AUGAAGAUUAUUGUGGUGUUUGUGAGCGCCUUUUGCGCCGCAGCAUUCGGCCGUCCCUUCGGCGAAAAUGUCAUCCACCAGAGACGCGGUGGACCUGCUAAGCUUGUCAAGACGGCUCCCAUCGAUUCAAACGUCGAUAUAUCUGUGCGUAUCGCAUUGAAGCAGCGCAACUUGGAUCAAGGCAUGAACUUGCUUAUGGACGUCUCUGAUCCUGACUCGCCAAACUAUGGUAAACACUAUACGGCUGAGCAAGUCGUUGACCUGUUCUCCCCGGAUGCAGACUCUAUUGAGAUUGUCAAAAGCUGGCUUGCUGAAUCAGGCGUUGAGGGUGUGACGACGCCCAAGAGUAAGGGCUGGAUCGAUUUCAAAACGACGGCCAAGAAACUUGAGACCUUACUCGAGACCACCUACCAUGUCUAUGAAUACACAGCAACCGGAGACAAACACUUGGGCACAGACAGUUAUAAAUUACCAAGCCAAGUUUCCCAGCAUGUCGACUUCAUCACACCAGGUAUUGUCACGGACAAGAUAGUCCCCGUGACUGUCUCAGAGUCAGGCGUACAGCCUGGACGACCUCUUAAAUUGACGCCAAUUAGCGCUGCUGAGUGCGACACACACAUGACACCAAUCUGCAUCAAGGCUUUAUACAAUAUCACAGACGGAACGCUCAAAAACCCAAAGAACAGGAUGGGAAUAUUUGAAAGUAUGUCCGAGAUGUACGAACAGUCCGAUUUGAACAAGUUCUACAGCCUGUACGCAAAGAACAUCCCCGCGGGGACCGGCCCUAAAGUCGACCUGAUCGAUUGGGGCACCUCGAAGCCAGAUCCCAGUCAGGCCGAAGGCGAAGCCGCUCUCGACUUUGACGUUGCUCUUCCGAUUAUUUACCCACAGGGCACAGAAUUGUAUCAGGCCAAUUCGAAUUUCGAAUCCGAUUCCACUGUGCAACACCUGGGUUUUAUCAACCAGUUUUUGGAUGCCGUCGAUGGCUCGUACUGCACAUAUAGUUCUCACGGCGAAACUGGCGACGACCCUAAUGUCGACGGGGUGACGCCUAAUGAGCAGUGUGGCACUUUCAAGCCUGCAAACGUCAUCAGCUUUUCCUACGGUCUUGCCGAGUCGUAUUACCCGGCCAACUAUCUUGAGCGCCAAUGCGAGGAGUUUAUGAAACUCGGCCUCCAGGGCGUGUCAAUUGUUUUUUCCUCUGGUGACGGCGGUGUUGCCGGCGGGCAUGGGUAUGACUGCCUCGGCAAUACUGAGACUGUUUUCAAUCCGCAAGGGCCCAGCUCUUGCCCUUAUGUUACUGCAGUUGGCUCGACCUAUCUACCAAAGGGAAGCUCUAUUGGUGGUGCAGAGGUUGCUACCGAUAGCUUUUCUUCUGGAGGUGGCUUCAGUAACAUCUGGACAAUGCCCGCGUACCAAAAGUCGGCCGUGGACUCUUUCUUUGCAAGCCAUGACCCUGGCUUCCCUUCCUACAAUACCAAGGACGGCAUCAUCCCAUUCAACACUAGCACCGGUGUCUUCAAUCGCGCUGGCCGUGGGUUUCCUGACAUAGCCGCUGUUGGAGAUAAUGGAGUCAUUGUUUUCCAAGGCGAUUCUUCUCUAUCCGGCGGUACCUCCAUGUCUGCACCCAUCUUCGCAGCUAUCCUCACCCGUAUCAAUGAGGAACGCAUUCAGGCUGGCAAGAACUCAAUUGGCUUUGCUAAUCCCGCUCUCUGCAAAAACCCCAGCAUGUUUCACGACAUUGUAAGUGGAGGGCAAACUGAUGCGGCUGGCGGUGGUGCUUGCGCCGGCAAAGGGUUUUCUGCCGUUGCUGGCUGGGACCCUGUAACUGGAUUGGGAACCCCUAACUAUCCGGCUCUACUGCAAUAUUUCAAAGGGUUGUAGGCCUCUUAAUAAAUAUUACAGAACGUCAGCGGAAAGUUUGAGGGCCAGCUUCGGUAGCGCGGAAUGAUGGAGGUGGGCUGAGGACUGCCCAUGCUGGGAUGGAGGAGUCUGAGGAGCUGGAGGUAGGGAGAUUAAGCUGCUGGAAUGUAACGCC